AUGACCCAUAAUCAGGGUCUCAACACUACAUGGGAGGAUGCAAAUCUUUUCGGCUCCUCAAGGUUGCAGGAAAGCCCUUUGACCCACCAGAACAUAACCUAUGUGGAUUUCUACCUCCACAAGCCCUCUGUGGCUGCAGUCUUCACUGUCUCCUAUUUGCUCAUCUUCCUGGUGUGUAUGGUGGGCAACGGAGUGGUGUGUUUCAUUGUGCUGCGCAGCAAGAACAUGUGCACGGUCACCAACAUUUUCCUUCUCAACCUUGCCAUCAGUGACCUUCUGGUUGGCAUCUUCUGCAUGCCAACCACCCUGGUGGACAACAUUAUAACAGGGUGGCCAUUUGGAAGUGUAGUGUGUAAGUUAAGUGGUAUGGUUCAAGGGAUAUCUGUGUCGGCAUCAGUGUUCACUCUUGUGGCAAUAGCUGUUGACAGGUUCCGCUGCAUUGUCUACCCCUUCAAGCAGAGGAUGACCAUUGCCACCUCAAAACUGAUCAUUGCCAUUAUAUGGAUCCUGGCCGUCUCAAUCAUGUGUCCCUCUGGGGUCAUGCUGCAGGUUACCAAGGAGCAGAGGGUCCGAAUAGUCCUGCGUUCCGACAAUCUCACCCGGCCCUUCUACUGGUGCAGAGAAAAUUGGCCUAAUCAGAAGAUGCGGAAAAUAUACACAACUGUCCUUUUUGCAAACAUCUAUCUAGCGCCUCUCAGCCUUAUCGCCAUCAUGUAUGUCCGCAUCGGCUUCACUCUCUUCAAGACCACAAUGCCGCCAUUGACAGGCAGUAGGAGUGGGACAGGAGACGGCAGCAGUCACAAGGGUGGGACCCGAAGCAUGGAGAAUCGUCACUCCAUUUCUAGGAAGAAGAAGAGGGUAAUAAUGAUGCUGCUGGUCGUGGCUCUGCUCUUCAUCCUGUCCUGGCUUCCUCUGUGGUCCCUGAUGAUGCUGUGCGACUAUGCUAGCCUGACAGAGCACCAGUACCGCGUCAUUAACAUUUAUGUGUAUCCGUUAGCUCACUGGCUGGCCUUCUUCAACAGCAGCGUCAAUCCCAUCAUCUACGGGUUCUUCAACGAGAACUUCCGAAGAGGCUUUCAGGCGGCAUUCAAGUUCCAGCUAUGCUCUACAGUAAUUGAGCGCCAGAGGACCUAUUCCCAUCGGAUCCAGGGGAACGCUGUGCUCCCAGCCAACAUCCAGCUUCCUGCCCUCAAUGGAUCAGGCUUGGGACGUAGAUCAGAAGUAGUGGUGAAUGGGAAAUGCUCAUGCCAGGAUGGCGCGUGCUUGACUGGUAGAAACGAUAUCAAGGACAUGGACCUGAUUGUGGAGGGCCUGGAAAAGGUGUCCCAGAUUUAG